AUGCUCGACGACGGGUCUGUCGAGGACGUGGUGCUAGUGACGCAGUUACCCUCAGAUUCCUGGUUUGAGGGGUUCGCUUUGCGCCCCAAUGGCAGGAUACUGACCUCCCGACUGGACGAGCCCGAACUAUACACAUUCGAUGCCGAGGACCCAGAAUCAACGCCACAAUUGUUACACAACUUCGAAGAGCAUGCGAAUGGUUUAAUAAACCUAUGCCCACUACCAGGAGCCAAUGACGAAUAUCUUGUUUUAUCGGGUGUGGUCGACUUAGUAAAUAUUGAAUUCGAAGAUUUUAUCGUAUGGCGCGUAUCGCUUAGCCUAGAUGACAAUAGCCCGCCCAAAGUAACGAAAAUAAUCGAUCUCAAAGAUACUGGGUUUUGCAUCGGUAUAAUUGCUAUAUCAGAUCGAGUCGUAUUGCUUCCGGAUUCAUUCAAGAAUUGUAUUUGGCGGUUGGAUAUACAAACCGGCGAAAAGUCGUUACUAGUGGAGGACGAGACUAUGAAAGCCCCUGAAGGCGAGGGUAAUUUCUUCGGUCUUAACCGAAUGCGCGUCGCAGAUAGACAUCUAUGGUUUACCAACACCAGUGCUGGCACGCUAUGUCGCAUUCCUAUCGAACGAGUACAGGACGAUCCAUCGGUGGGGAUUCGGAUCGCAGGAGAAGUACAGAUUAUAGCGGGAGAUAUUCCUCAUUGCGAUGGACUAGCACUUGCACGAGACCAGACUGCCGUAUACACAUGCAGUUAUAUGGACGGAUUCAUCUGGAAGGUCAGCAUUGACCCUUCCACGGGCAAGGGCACGACAUCCGUUGUUUUAAAGAAUUUAGCCUCCCCGACGGCGGUCGAACUAAUCUAUAUCAACGACAAACCGAAACUAUUUAUUGUUUGUUGCGGAGAGAUUGAGAUGAACUGGUUUGUACAAGACAGCCAGAACCCUUGGAGUGAGGUCGCAAAUAUUAAUGAGUCUGUUAUGGUCACGGCCGUGACAGUAGAGGAAACGGUUGAGCAUGCUUAG